AUGAGCCAACCAUAAGUAAAUCCAGAAGUGGAUAAUUAAUCUGUAAUAUCAGAAGAGAGUGACAAUGACGAUGUUGACGUAUUUGGUUAGAAUGAAGAUAUGUAAUGAAAAUUAUGAAUUCAGUGAUAAGUUUCCUUUGUUAACGAGUAUUUUAGAUAAUACUUGGUUUCAAGUAAUAGUAAAUUUGUUAACAAUUUAUGCACUUUUUGGAGAUGACAUAAGAAUUAUAGCUUUUGAUAAAAGAGCUGAUGAUGGAUUCGAUGUAAUUACUAUAAUAUGUAUGGUAAAAUGAUUCAUAAUAAAUAGAUAAUUUUUUCAAUUGAAAUAAUCAUAGCAAGUUUAGUUAGAAAUGACUAUUUUAAUUCAUUCUUUUUUUGGCUUGAUAUAAUAUCAACAGUUUCUUAAAUUUUGGAUGUCACUUAGUUCAAUAUUGCAGUUGGUUUACAGUAACUAAUUUAUAGCAUAAAUAUAUUUUAGAGGUUCUGUAGCUGCAAAAUCCGCUUCUUAAUUGUCAUAAGCAAAUAAAGCCUCUAAAACAAGUUCAAAAGCAAUUCGAGUUGUUCGACUAGUUAGAUUGAUUAGAAUAGUUAAGUUGUAUAAAGCUGCAAGUUAUUAAUAAGAAUAAGCAUUUAAAAGAUAGCCAUUACGAGUUUCAACAAUGAAAAAAAGUAGAGCCACAAUUUAUCCAUCCGUAUAUGAUAACAUUAAUAAUAAUGGGCAAGCUGAAUAAGAGAAUCUAAAUAAAAAAGAAAAUGUUACGGAAUAGAGGGGUAGUAUUGAAAGUCAUAAAUUAGAAGGAGAUGAUAAUGCAAAUAGUUAAGAAAAUCGUGAAAAUUAAAACAUGGUUGCGAAAUAACAAUAAAUUGAGAAUUUAGUUCCAAAGAUUUAAUAGAAUCAUAGAUUAUCUGUUAAGGAUCCUUAACAAGUUAAAGUAAAGUAAAUAAAAGAAUCAAGAGUGAGCAAAAGAUUAUCAGAUUCAACAACAAAAAAGGUUAUAGUACUUGUUAUACUAUUACUAUUAAUAAUGCCUUUAUUUAGUUCUGAUUACUAUUUUGAGUCAUCUUAUAGUUUGGCUUAUGCAGCAGAAUAUUUUAGAGUGGUUGCUGAAAUUCCUGAUACAAAAUUAAGUGAGAUUAAUGAAACAAUAAAUUUUGUAAUAGAUUAACAUAAGUAAUUUGAUACACCAGUUGGAUAUAUUACAAAUCCAUUUACUGAAAUAGAGAAUUAUGAGACACCUUCUUAUUAAUAUUUAAGGGAGAGUUCUAAAAGCUAUUAUUUUGAAUUAGUAGAUCCAGUGUUAGUAGGAUUAGAAUACAUAGGUGAUCCUGUAAUUCUUUUUGUUUCAGAUAAUUCAGAUGUUGAAUCAAAGAAUUCAAUAAUUAAUAUAGUAAACACUUUAUUUGUGAGUGCUGUAUUAUUAUUUGGUGCAAUAGCAUUUUCAAAUGAUGCAAAUAAUGUUGCAUUAAAACCAAUAGAUAGAAUGAUAGUGAAAGUAAAUUUAAUAGCUAAGAAUCCUUAAUUGGCAAAAGAGAUGAAAUUAGAAUCUGAAGGAAUAUAAAAGGAAACUACAUAGAUAGAAAAUGCAAUAAUUAAAAUAGGUGCAUUAUUAGCAUUAGGAUUUGGUGAUGCAGGUUCUGCUAUAAUAGGAACUAAUAUGGCAUCAUCAGGUGAUGUAGAUCCUAUGUUACCAGGUAAACGUAAAUGGGCAAUUUAUGGAUUUUGUGAUAUUCGUAAUUUCACAGAUGCAACAGAAGUCUUAUAAAAAGAUGUUAUGUUAUUUGUAAAUAAUAUUGCUGAAAUUGUACAUUCUAUGGUGGAUCGUUAUAAAGGAUCUGCAAAUAAAAAUAUUGGAGAUGCAUUCUUACUUGUAUGGAAAAUUAAUGAUUCUUAAUGGCAUGAAGAGGGUAAUGAAAUUAAGUGGUAAUAUAACUAAAUUUAUUAUUUUUAGGUCAAAUAUAGUUUAAAUUAAUUAAUUAGCUGAUUGUGCAUUAAUAGCAUUUAUGAAAAUUUAUGCUAAGAUUAAUAGAGAACCUAAAAUAUUAGAUUAUAGAAAUGAUGAAAGAUUAAGUUAACGUUUGCCAGGAUAUAAAGUCAAAAUGGGAUUUGGAUUACAUAUUGGAUGGGGUAUAGAAGGUGCAAUAGGAUCAGAAUUUAAAAUUGAUGCUUCAUAUUUAAGUCCUAAUGUUAAUAUGGCUUCUAGAUUAGAAGCUGCUACUAAAUAAUAUGGAGUAGCAGUAUUAAUCUCUAGCGAAUUACAUUAAUAUUUCUCAAAUGACAUUAAGAAGUAUACCCGAUAAAUUGAUAAAGUUACUGUUAAAGGAAGUGUUAAACCUGUUGGAUUAUACACUGUAGAAAUGGAUGCUGAUGAUCUACCUCCUAGUAAAGAAGAUUAUCCAUAAGAAGAUAAAUAAUAAGUUAUGUAUGAAAAAAAACAAAUCUUUCUUUAAUAAAUAGAAAAUGGUGAUUUUAAUGGUGAAAUGCAUAUUAAAAGAAAUAAAGAUCUUGCACUUAUCACAAAGAAUUUCAAUCAAGAAUUUUUAGUAAAAUAAUAUAAUCUAUAUAUUAUUUUAGCAUUAAUUUGGUUAAGGAUUCUAAGGUUAUCUUUUGGGAAAUUGGAAAGAAGCUCAUAUGUGGUUAGAAAAAGCUAAAUUAAUUAGACCAAAUGAUGGCCCUAUCAGUACUCUAUUUAAUGUUAUGAGCGAAACUAAUUUUAAAGCUCCAGCUGAUUGGAAAGGAUAUAGAGAAUUGACAGAAAAAUGA